CUUCUUCUUCCCAAUAGGCUGAUAAUUUAUGAUGGGUACCAGUCGUUUUCAUCGGUAGUUCAGUCUGGUUUGGUGAUUCUGUUCAUUUCAAAGUGACACGGGUGUCAGGCAAAUCCCGGCCUUGAUCAGUUGGCUGACUGGGUAGAUCCUCUUUUGUAAUGGCACUCACAACCAGCAAGCUUUCUCGAAGUCCAUCAUUGACUGAUCGGAAUACCAUCAGUAGAUCAUGUGGGACGACACCCUCUCUCGAAAGUUCGAUUCAGCUAAGUCCUGUCCACCCGAGUCAAAUUGAGCAUAGACGUUGGCGUAGAGGACGUCUCUUGUCAGUGAAACCGAAAUUUUCGAAGGAUAUCCUGCGUUACCUGUGCGGAAAACCUCUUCCUACUCACGGUGGCACUCGGGGAUCGUCAGUCUUAUGCUUUUCCACGAGAAGACCUAAUACCGAAGCAACAGAAUGUGCCAGACAGUCUAGGGAUUCUUCAAACAUAACUAGUGCACAAAUUGGAGAAGACAAAGAUGACCCACUAAUUGCACCAUACAGAACUACUCAAUCAAGGCAGGGUUUAGCUGAAGCUUGCAGAUUUGUGCGGAAUGAUGCAAAGUUUGUCAAUGAAAGGGCUCGCAGUGACAUUGUCUUGCUCUCCCGUGGCAUAAUGAGAUUGGAUGCUCGUGCACGUCAAGAUGUCGCUAUCCUUGGCUCAGAGUUUCUUAAGCUCGAUGCUCGGGCAAGAGAGGAUACUGAGAAAAUUGACCGUAAUGUGAAGAAGAAAGCUGAACGGCUUAGUCAUAUUGCAACCAUCUUGAAAAACAAAGCACAGUCUAAACUAAAAACUGCUGCAGACCAGCACUGGAGUGACGGAGCUUUGGAGGCUGAUCUGCGUCUUGCUGACCUUCGUGCAAAACAGCGUGCCCUGGAAGAUUCCCUAAUGGCUUUGGAGUUUAUCAAAAACAUCCAUGACAGGAUGGUGAGCAAGAUGUACAAAUUUCCUCUGCCUUCAGAUAAUGAUUCUAUAUCAUCUCAAGAUGUGAUGGGGCGCAUAAUGCUCGAAAAGAAUGGGAAAAUGCUGGAUUCCUUCCCAGGGGAAGUGUCUGCUGACCGCAUCAGUGCUAUCCAGGAAGCUUAUUGGAGUAUGGCAUCUGCACUAUCUGAAGCUGAUGGAAUAGACUACACUGAUGCUGAGGAGCUUGAGUUGCUGGUUACAACCCUCAUAGAUCUUGAUGCUAUGGAUGGUAAAAGUAGUGUGUCAUUGCUGGCAGAAUGCUCCAGUUCUCCUGACGUCAGUACUAGACGUGCCCUGGCCAAUGCAUUGGCAACAGCACCAUCCAUGUGGACACUUGGAAAUGCAGGAAUGGGAGCAUUGCAGAGAUUGGCGCAGGAUAGCAAUCCAUCAAUUGCCGCUGCUGCUUCCAAAGCCAUGUACGAAUUAAAGAAACAGUGGGAAAUAGAGGAAGGAGACAACUGGAGGUUUACGAUGGACAAGGACCAGAAGGUGGAUGAUGCAGACACUUAGAGGUUUCUGGAUACUCAUCUUGUACAUAUAUAUA